GGUUAAAGGAAUACAUACACAUACUUGUGAAGGGACAUACAGACAGCAACAACAACAUAUAUAAAACAAACAAAAAAGAAACAUAAGAAGAAAAAAAAGUACUACCCGUUGUAAUAGUGCAGUGUCAAGAGAUAAGUUCAUAUUCAUAUCCAUGCAUACAUAUAUGAUUCAUAACAUCAUGUGUGGACUCUUGAUGAAAGCUGACUGAGUUGAGUCUCAGAGGUGCUGCAGCUGUUGGACAGCAGAUGGCACCACUGCGCCGUCCUGGUGGCUCCAGCUUGGCACAGAGACGCGUCCACGUUGUUCCUCCCUCUCUCUCUUUCUCUCUCGGCGUUACAGUAUACCUAUCUAUCUUCCACGAGCAUCAGCAGUCUCUCCAUCAGUCCUCCGCGGUACUGAGCGCAGUUUAAAACAUGGCAUCUCUGCUGCGCCCCGAACAGCCGGUCGUCUCCUCCACCGCUGCUGCUGCGCGUCUCUGCGUCUUUCUGUUGAUCUUCUCGGCCUGGAUGUCCGUGCCGGGACCGGUGAGCUGUGACAGCACCGGGGCUGUGAACCGGAGGGAGGACCGUGCGUUUGAUAGGAGCUCACCCCGCUUCAGGAGAGCGCUGUCCCGGGAAAAACAGAUGCCCCUGAUCAGCAGCUCGUUCGUACUCAAAGGGGAUGCGACGCACAACCAGGCGAUGGUCCACUGGACAGGAGAGAACAGCAGCGUCAUCCUGAUCCUGACCAAGUACUACCACGCUGACUCCACCAAGGUGCUGGAGAGCUCGCUGUGGAGGUCUACUGACUACGGUACAACCUACACCAAACUCAACCUGGUGCCAGGGACAACAAUCGUAGUGACCAGCUUCUACAUCUGCCCAACCAACAAAAAAAAGGUGGUGCUUGUAGGUUCAUCCAUAAACGAAAGGGAUCAGAUGUUGUUCAUCAGCAAAGACGAAGGUUCCUCCUUCCAGCGACAGUCCAUCUCCUUCACCCCAGACACGCUCAUCUUCCACCCUAAGGAAGAAGACAAGCUCCUGGCCUACUGCAAGGAGGGCAUGCUCUUUGCUUCCACAGACCUGGGCCGCAAGUGGACUUUGCUCCAGGAGAGGGUGACCAAGGACAAAGUGUUCUGGUCAAUAUCUGGUGUGGAUGUGGACCCUGAUCUGGUGCACAUGGAAAUGCAAGAUACAAGUGGAGGUUACCUGUAUGUUACCUGUCUCAUCCAGAACUGUUCUGACAAAAUGGUGACGGCUCAGUUUCUUGGCAGAAUCGACCACAACUCGCUGCUGGUGCAGGACGACUAUACAUUUGUCAAGGUCACCACAGGGAAUCGCACCAAGCACUAUGUGUCCUACCGGCGCAACGAGUUCGUCCAGAUGAGGUUUCCUAAGUACGCCUUGCCAAAGGAUGUUCAGAUAGUGAGUACGGAUGAGAACCAUGUCUUCCUCGCCCUCCAGGAGUGGUACCAGUCAGACACAUAUAACCUGUACCAGUCUGAUCCCCAGGGCGUCUACUACUCCAUCGUCCUGGAAAAUGUUCGCAGCACCAAGCAGCCAGAGGAGAAUGUCCUCAUCGACAUACUUGAGGUGCGUGGAAUCAAAGGAGUCUUCCUGGCCAAUCAGAAGAUCGAUGGCAAAGUGACAACUCUCAUCACCUAUAACAAAGGACAAAACUGGGAACCCUUGGCCCCGCCUGCCACUGACAUGAACGGCAAGUCGAUCAGCUGCAAAGCACCGGACUGUCACCUCCAUCUCCACCUACGCUGGGCGGACAACCCUUACGUGUCUGGGACUGUCCACACCAAAGACUCCGCUCCAGGUCUCAUCAUGGGUGCUGGUAACCUUGGCUCCAAGCUAGUAGAGUAUAAGGAAGAGAUGUACCUCACUCCAGACUGUGGGAAGACGUGGCGACAGGUUUUCGAGGAGGAGCAUCACAUCCUGUAUCUGGACCAUGGCGGGGUCAUUGUUGCCAUCAAGGACACCUCUAUUCCCCUCAAGAUACUCAAGUUUAGUAUUGAUGAAGGACGCACGUGGAUUAUUCACAACUUCACCAGCACCUCUGUGUUCGUCGAUGGACUCCUGAGCGAGCCAGGAGACGAGACCCUCGUUAUGACUGUGUUUGGCCACAUCAGCUACAGAUCAGACUGGGAGUUGGUCAAAGUGGACUUCAGGCAGUCUUUCCCCCAUCAGUGUACUGAGUCUGACUACGAGUCCUGGCAGCUCACAGACCUGCAGGGAGAGAAGUGCAUUAUGGGUCAAGAGCGGAGUUUCAGGAAAAGGAAGGACACGGCGUCUUGUGUCAAAGGAAAAAGCUACACUUCAGCUGUCACCACCAAUCCCUGUCAAUGCACAGAGAAAGAUUUCAACUGUGACUAUGGUUUUGAACGGUCCUCCACGGAAGGCAAUCACUGCUUCGCUGACUUCUGGCACGAUCCAGAUUCACCACCCGAAGACUGCCAUCUAGGACAAACCUACGUGUCCAGCACUGGCUACAGGAAGGUGAUAUCUAACAUGUGUGAAGGGGGGCUUAACAAGCAACAGAGCACCAAACAGCACAACUGCCCUCUGCUGCCCCCUAAAGGACUACAGGUCGGUAUCAAAGGGCAGAUGUUGGCCAUGGCACCUGGUGAUGACAUCACAUUCAUCGUCCACCAGGAACAGGGCGACAGCAGCAGCACCAAGUACCAGGUGGACCUCGGCGACGGGGUUCGGGCCAUCUACCAGAACCUGACAGUGACAGAUGAGCCCAUCCAGCAUCGCUACGAAAAUCCGGGGGUGUACAAGGUCACAGUGAAGGCAGAGAACUCGGCAGGGCACGACGAGGCCACCAUGUACAUCCAGGUCACAGCCCCUCUACAGGAGGUGCACCUGGAAGUGGUUCCCAUCACUGGGAGAAACCAUGAGGUCAAUCUGACAGCCAUAGUUCUUCCCACUGAAGCCAACAUGUCUGUCUUUUACUGGUGGAUAGGAGACAACCUGCGGCCUACGCUGACUCUGCAGAACAGCCUUUUGACUCGUUUCCCAGAGACGGGAGAGGUUUCGGUUGCCGUCCAGGCUUCUAAUGGCCGAUCUAUGGUGCAGGAUACCAGGACGGUUCGAGUCUACGAUAACUUCCAGGUCAUCCCUCUGAGCUUCAGCACAAAUCUGGACCGCUUCAACCCAAACAUCCCAGAGUGGAGAGAGGACAUCGGCCAGGUGGUCACCAAAAUACUUGCUAAGACCACAGGUGUCCCUCUGGAGUCCCUGGUAACGGUGGUAAAGCCGGGCCUCCCCACCACUGCUGAUUUGUACGUCCUCCCACUGGACAGCAAACCAGCCAAGAGGAGCAUGUUUGUAGAUAAGCGUGUUCCAGCCAUCAUACAAGCCUUCAGCAGUAACAAUGUCAGCUUUGUGGUGCGAGGAGGACUACAAGUGCUGGUGAUGCUAGCUGACCCAAAUGCAGGUCUAGGUCUAAUUGCUAAUGACUCAACAGCUACAGCAGCAAAGACUGGUUAUCUUGGAGCUGCUGGAGGUCCGGGUGUUUGGGCUAUAGCUGUCCUUUUCCUCGUCAGCAUAAUUGCCACCAGCUCCUUCAUCCUCUACAAGUUUAAAAGAAAGCUCCCGGGCAGCCGCAACGUCUACGCUCAGAUGCACAACGAGAAGGAGCAGGAGAUGACCAGCCCCGUCAAUCACAGCGAGGACACCCAGCACAUCAUCCAGGGUGAAGAGUUCAUUGACGACGACCUUGACUCACAGACUCUAGGUAACGCAGGAGGUAGCCCCGCCUUCCGUUCCCUUAUAAGGACUACCACUAACCACUGCUACUAAAAAACCCAAGCCACUAACAUGCAGCUAACACACACCAAGGCAACCAUUCAGGUGUGGUCCUGAGCAUCAACUCCAGAGAACUACACAGUUACCUGACCAGCUGAUGGCUGCCAUGGCAAUAGCUAAAGAGCUAGCCUUGCCUAGCCUAAAGCUGCCUAAAGAGCACAGGGACUCCACUCGGGCCUUCCUCCUUCUCUCCUCCUCUUCUUUUCCUUCUCCUCUUCCUCGGACACUUCGGGGGGUGGGGGGACGGAGGGGUGCGUCACAACAAAGGACAAUCGCAUUAUUUGAACAAAAAAAAAAUGUAUGUUGUCUCUCACUUUCUCACUUGUAGACACUCAAAAUCAGCAAGCAUGGCUCACUGCACUGGUUUCCAGUAAUAAUCACAGUCGGAGAAGGGUUGAACUAUCCAUUACCAAGAGGCAAGAGCCACUGAAGGUAGUGAGUGGCCAAAGACGGGUGCAAAAUCAUCAGAUUCUUUUGUUUUACUCUUCCUCCCCUUCCUUUUUUUUCCUUUCUUUACUUCCCACAAAUAGUAGACACUCUUCACUCUUCACAGGCAAUAAUGGUCUCCCAAUGGAAUGUAGGAUGUAGGAAACGUUUGCAUGACAAGAGGGCGAUGUUGCACUUUCUUAAAAUUCCCAUUCACAGGUUGGAGCGCUCAGUUUCUAUGGAAAAUACUGUAUAUCCACGAAGCAUUGUUUUCAACUGCGUCCCACUGCGUUUGUAUUCUUGUUUUGUGGUGUUUAAAAGGUGUGGACCACCUUUUUGCAGGAGCUCAUCGUCUGUCCCAUGGUGCCUAAAAACAGCAGAUAUUAAUCUGCUCAGUGACUUUACCUGUCGUCAAGUUUAUUUAUUUUUUAAUAACAGUACACCCCUUCCUCUUCCUCCUCCUCCUCCUCUUCCUCCUCUUCCUCCUCCUCCUCCCCACACUUUCUGGGUCAGAGGUCAAAGCAGACUUGUUCCCCUGGAGUCCGACGCCGUCACGGAGGGAAGGGGUAGUUGAUGUAUUUUACUGUAUCAGCCUAUAUUAGGCGUAGCCCGCGGCGGAAUCAUGGUUUGGUUUGUUUGUAAAUGUGUAAAUAUGAUCUCCAUUUUGUACAUACAUAUCCCUUUGACGUGUGUGUGUGAGUGUUUUACACUACUAUAAAAAUACACAGCAAAUUUCUUUUGGAGCAAAUCUUCACUUGAGUGUUUCCUCAUCGCCAUUGCCUGCUUCACACGUAUCCAAUUUCAAUACUUUCCACGUAAUCUCAAGAUAAUUUUAUGGUCUUCAUUGUUAACUGGAAAUAAUUUCCUUGUCUUCUAAAGAUACUCACAACGACACAGUAUAUAAUGUAUAUGGAUAUUUUUGAUACACUCUUUUUCUCAGUAAGUGUAAACACUGGUUAUUGUUUCUGUUUGCCUUUUGCUGAAGUACUUUUUGUUUUGUUCGAUUGCACUGAUGAUGUUAAAGCAGUGCUGCCGACACGUACCGCACAGCAACUGAACAUGUCUACAGACUCUGAAUCAAAAAGGUCUUUGGAUAAGAAAAAAAAGCCUUUACAAUGCUACCAUUGCCGCCAAGAUCACCCCCUUGGUUCGCCUUGUAUUUGAUACAAACCGAAGAUCAUAUUCACUCUUUCUGAUUUUACACCUUAAUUCAUCUGUUGUACAUAAUUCUGCUCAUGUUCAACUGAUUCUUAUUUUGAUGUGUCAUCAUUUAUCAGUGCUUCUAAGAAGGGAAAUGGGAAUUACGAUAUUCCGAUAUGAUAGUGAAGGAGUUUCAUACUUGAAGGCACGACCAUGUAAUUUUGACCACACCAUUUUUUUUCUUUUAUUCUUUUCCUCUUUCUGAUGGGUUUGUUUGAUGUAUUGAUUUUGCUAUUAAAAACAACUGUGUGUUUCUCAUCAGGAAAUGUAAUGCACUAAACCUGCAUCCUGGAAUAAAUCACUCCCAUAACUUG